AUGGACCAAGUCAGCCUGGUCAAGUACAACAUCAGUGCGUCUGCACUGGUGGCAUAUCUGGACGGCAUCUUUGGGCGAAACAAAUACCUCUGGAGACCCAUCAAGGUCGGGGCAAGCACCAUGUACGAGGUCACGGCGACGAGGAAGUUGUCGGUUACUGAGCACGGCGAGAUCAAACAGCGCUCGGGAGUAACGCUGGUCGAUGCGUGGUGA